UCCCACGCCCCAGUGAGCUGUGGGAUAGUGGCUCUAUAAAGUAUACCCUCUCUCGGAGCACGAAAAGAAGCCCGAGACAGGAGGGGGAUGAAGAUGGCGGACGCCAAGCAGAAAAGGAAUGAACAGUUAAAGCGGUGGCUGGGCUCGGAGACGGACCAGGAGCCUCCUGUUCUGAAAAAAAAGAAGACGAAGGUGAAGUUCGAUGAUGGCGCCGUGUUUCUGGCCGCCUGCUCAAGCGGUGAUACAGAGGAGGUGCUCCGUUUGCUUGACCGGGGCGCUGACAUCAACUACGCCAAUGUAGACGGUCUCACUGCUCUCCACCAGGCCUGCAUAGAUGACAACAUCGACAUGGUGACGUUCCUGGUGGAGCACGGGGCCAGCGUCAACCAGCCCGAUAAUGAAGGCUGGAUCCCCCUCCAUGCUGCUGCUUCUUGCGGAUACCUGGACAUAGCAGAGUAUCUGAUCAGCCAGGGUGCUAAUGUUGGAGUUGUGAACAGCGAGGGGGAGACCCCUCUGGACAUUGCUGAAGAGGAGCCAAUGGAGGAACUUCUACAAAAUGAGAUAAACCGACAAGGGUUGGACAUAGAAGCAGCUCGUAAAGAGGAGGAGCGGAUCAUGCUGAGGGACGCCCGGCAGUGGCUCAACAGCGGCCAGAUUCAAGACACCCGGCAUGCGAAAUCAGGAGGAACGGCGCUCCACGUAGCCGCCGCUAAAGGAUACGUGGAGGUUUUAAAGCUUUUAAUCCAAGCAGGGUAUGACGUCAACAUUAAAGACUAUGAUGGCUGGACGCCUCUACACGCAGCGGCACACUGGGGCAAAGAGGAGGCCUGUAGGAUACUGGUGGAGAAUCUGUGCGACAUGGAUCUUAUUAAUAAAAUGGGCCAGACUGCUUUUGAUGUAGCUGAUGAAGAUGUAUUGGGAUACUUAGAGGAGCUACAGAAGAAACAAAAUCUGCUUAUGAGUGAGAAGAAAGAUGUUAAGAAGUCUCCUCUGAUUGAAACAACAACCACGGAAGACAACAACCAAUCACUGAAACCACCUAAAAGCAAAGAGGCGCUGCUUCUGGAGCCAGAGAAGACGGCUCCACGCAUCGAGACCUUGGAGCCAGAGAAGGUGGACGAAGAGGAAGAGGGCAAGAAGGACGAAUCAAGCUGCUCAAGUGAAGAGGAAGACGAGGAAGACUCUGAGUCUGAAAAUGAAGCAGAUAAGAGCAAGACUCCAGCAGCGGUGACCAGCAGCACGACCACCACCCCGGCCACAGUCAGCGCGUCAUCUCCAACCAGUCCAACUAAUCAGGUGACCACGCCCACUUCACCAGUUAAGAAGGUCGUUCAGCCGGCUGGAAAGGUCUCAACCAAAGUGGUGGAGGAGGAUAGGAAGGACGAGUCUCCGGCAUCAUGGCGUCUGGGUCUGAGGAAGACGGGCAGCUAUGGGGCGCUGUCUGAGAUCACAGCCACAAAGGAGGCUCAGAGGGAGAAGGACACUACAGGCGUAAUGCGCUCCGCCUCAAGCCCUCGCCUCACCUCGUCUCUGGACAAUAAGGAAAAAGAAAAGGAGAAGGACAAAGGAACCAGACUUGCGUACGUGGCUCCAACCAUCCCAAGGAGACUUGCCAGUACUUCAGACAUCGAUGAGAAGGAAAACAGGGACUCCACAGCUCUGAUACGUAGCGGCUCAUACACUCGGCGACGCUGGGAUGACGACUUGAAGAACAGCGAAGGAAGCUCCUCUACCAACCGAACCUCCAGCUACCAGCGCAGCACGUCCCAUACGCUAGCGCUUGGGCGGAGCGGCAGCACGCGGGACGUGCCAGCCAAGUCUUCGUCCACCUCCAGCUUGGACCCUAACACCUGUAACACUAAACCCUGGCAGCCACCCACCUCCCACUACCCGUCUUACAGCAUUUACCGCAGCGGCUCUUUUGGCAGACGACACGAGGAGCCCAGCUCCACCACCUCCUCCUCUUCUACAACCACCACCUCCUCGUCUGUUACCUCACCCACAGGCCAUCGCAGCCUCCUCUCCAGCCUGGGUUCCUCUUCCACCCGAACUGGCUCCACCAGUCUCACCAGCAGGUACUGGUCUGAGGAGAGUGCAGAGAGGGAAAAGGAGAAGGACUCGGCUGCUGUUAUACCCACUAUAAACACUGGCUCCACCACGACAACCACGUCUGCCACUACCACAACCGCCCUAUCAACCACUAGCACCGGCGUAGUCACCGGCUCAGAACGGCGCAGGUCGUACCUGACACCGGUGCGAGACGAGGAGUCGGAGUCUCAGAGGAAAGCUCGAUCCAGACAGGCCCGCCAGUCGAGGAGGUCCACACAGGGCGUGACUCUGACUGACCUUCAAGAGGCUGAAAAAACAAUCGGCAGGAGUCGUCCGCAAAAGACUGAGGAGAAGGAGGAGAAAGAGAAGCAGGACAAGGAGAAACAGCAGGAGGAGAAGAAGGAGACUGAGACUAAGGAGGAUGAUUACCGAUCAAAGUACCGGAGCUUUGAAGAGCGUUAUCGGCCGUCGUCUUCGUCCUCUGCCAUUUCAUCCGUCAGCACUGCCUCCACAACUCCGUACUCCAGCUCGUCGUUGUCCUCCACCUCCAGCUCCCUCAACAGGCCCAACAGUCUGACGGGAAUCACCUCAUCUUAUAGCAGAUCCUCUCGAGAAGCAGAAAAGGAAGCGGACAGAAGGGAUGAGGAAAAGGAAGGGGAGGACAAGUCUCAGCCCCGCUCCAUUCGGGAUCGCAGGCGGCCCCGCGAGAAGAGGCGCUCCACUGGGGUGUCCUUCUGGACUCAAGAUGGUGAUGAAAAUGACCCGGAGCAGCAGUCUGACUCGGAGGAGGGCAGCACCAAAGGAGACUCACAGAGCGACAGAUUGUCCAGAAAUGAGAGCACUUCAUAUUUAGAUCGCAACGAUGCUCUUUAUACCCGUAGUUAUGGUGAGAGUCGAAGGCCGUACUCAAGCCGGUUGGAUAGAGACGACACCACUGAUUACAAAAAGCUCUAUGAGCAGAUCUUAGCUGAAAACGAGAAGCUGAAGGCUCAGUUACGCGACACUGAUCUGGAACUGGCAGACUUGAAGUUACAGUUAGAGAAAGCCACACAGAGGCAGGAACGCUACGCUGACCGAUCCCAGCUUGAGAUGGAGAAAAGGGAAAGAAGAGCUCUAGAAAGGAAGAUUUCUGAGAUGGAGGAGGAACUUAAGAACCUCCCCCAGGUAAAGCAGGUUCAGACCCUGCGGCAAGUUAAGGAGCGGCUGCAGGCUGAGAACCGGGCCCUGGCCCGCGUGGUGGCCAAGCUCUCACAGUCGGCCUGCAGCCAGCUGCCCGCCAGCGACCUCUAAGCCACGUCUGUCUGUCCACCACCAUCUUCUCCUUCUGUCCUCUUUUAUCCCCUCCCUCUCUUUUUUCUCAUGCUCCAUUUGUGCUCUGCCCCGCACCCGUAGACAGAUGCUCCCAGACUUGAAAGCAGACAACCAGAGACUAAAGGACGAGAACGGAGCACUCAUUCGCGUCAUUAGCAAGCUUUCCAAGUAGAAACAGACCCCGCCCUCGACCGCCCUUUCUUCUGCACCCGCUUGUCCCCCCCCAUGGCAGCAACUAAUGGAAUUGCACAUUUAGAUAUUAAUUGCAACAGACAUCAGAGACGAGACUCCUCCUUUUGUUCUGUUUCUCCAAGCUCUCCCUUUUUUGCUCCCUCACCACCACCGCUGCAGCCUCCAUCCAUCCCUCCAUCCAUCCAUCCCUCCAUCCUCCCUGGGCUGUAGUCCUCCUGAUCGGUGUGGCCGCUGUUCUGAUAGAAGCGCUGAGUUUACAGAGCAAAAAGGAGAAAGCGUUUGAGAGCGACGUGGACGGAGAAGCCUGAAAACUAUUUAACCAAUAAGCCUUAGUUGUACAUAAGAAGAAAAACACUUGCAUCAAUCUCCUUUCUCUCAGCUAUCACUGAUGAACAGAUAUUAUCCUUCACCUGAUUUUAUUUGUGCCACUUAUUUGUUUUUUUGCUCCUGUUUCCUCUCUGUGUUGUGUGCGGUGUGAUUUCCUCCUCCCCUUUUUUAAAGCGCUACUUCCGGCACCUAAUUUAUCAUUAUUAUUUGCGCCCCAUGCUCAAUCAGGCUCGCAGAUCACAAGCACACAUCAUCUCCCCCCCCUCCCCCUGUUUUCGUACCUCUGUGCGUCUUCCUCCAAGAGGGAAAAAAAAUGAAUUCUGGCGGAUCUGGUGGAGUUUAAGCUUUCACUGUAUGUGCAAUAUGCAUUUCUUUCUUUCUUAAAAAAAAAAUGCUUUAAUGAGUUCAUCACAUGUAGGAUUUCCACUCCUGACGCUUCCAUCGCUCCAUUUCUUCUCCUUUUUUUUUUUUUUCUUUUAAGUUUGUAGUCUGUUUAUAUAUUUCUCACUUUGUUUUAGCAGGUACUGAGUGAUUCUGUAUAUACCUGUACGUAUUUUGUUUGAGAGCAGCACAUGGCAUGCGUUUAUGGAUCCCGUCUGUUACUAUUAAAAACUAUACAAAUUCCAGAGGACAAAGAGGUGUGUUUUUAAUUAUUUUUCUUUUAUAGUUUAAGGAAAUCAGACACAGUAGUCUCUUUUAUGGGACGACUUUUUUUUUUGUUAUUUGUUUUUUUUGGUUCAUAUAAUAGUGAAAUCUAAAGAGUUAUCGCUUCACUACAUUUCACUUUUAUUGUAUUCAGUAUCUUGGAUGAGUGCUGUUUUGUUUCCCAUUCUUUUUAAAAAGCUGUAGUAUUAUAGGCAAGAUAUUGUCACUUAAAUAAAAUGUUUGACAAAAAAAAAAGAAUUGAAUAUCUUAGAUAUUGCUAACCCAGUCCUUUCUACAUUGUCUACAUGCACUGUCGAUGCCAUGUGAGGAUUCGUUUGGGGUUAAAACGAAACGCCACCAUCAGCUGUUCCACUCAACAUUUUAUGCAUUUCAGUGGCCUUUUAAGGAAGUUUUAGUAAAACAAGUUUAAGAGAAGAUAACUGCAGAUGGACUGACGGCUGUCUGCUCUGGUUUAGACUUUUUUUUUUUUUUCAGUUCUUUCCUGUCAUCUUGUAAAAUAGGUGUGUGGCUUAAUACAUGCAAGCUGUGCUGUGACUACCAACCACUGAAGAGUUCAUUAAAAAUAAACUUGUACAUUG